AUGAGUGCUGAUAAAAUGUUUUCAACACCCAUCGAAAGGUCGCUAAACCGGCUGACACUGAUUCAGCAAGCUGCUGCACGAAGUGGAGCUCUCCCGGCUGCCGGACAGUUCAGGAACUCUAAAUUGUCGCCGUUUGAGGUUUCUCAAAUGUCUGGAGUAUCGAUUUCUAUGAUCGAACGCGGAAAAAUCAACAGUCGAGAAUUCAUUCAAGAACUCGAGUGGUUUCAACAAGAAACUUCAACCAGAUGCUUUAUUGACGGUGAAAUGUGGACGAAUGAGAUUCUGGCGUAUAUUCCGAAUGAAUGGCUUGUGGAAAGCGAGACAACAGUCUGGCAUACAAAUGUGAAACCAUUUGUUAAUGAUUCAUUGUCUUCCAUAACUUCCCCGUCAUCGUCAACACAGAGAGAAGACGUCACGCCGAAGAAAGAUUCAUAUUCAUCGAGAUUCGCACGAACGCUGAUCAAAAAUAAAGACUUCCGACGGGCGGCUCAUUUCUUGGAGAAAACUAUCAAAGACAACCGAUCGGAUCACUUUUUGUAUUAUAGAUGCUUGUUUUUGGCAUAUUAUCAAGAACAUUUGGAGAAUGAUUCAGAAGGAGUUGAGAGAAAAACAAGUUUUGCAGAAGAGAAAUCUCCUUUUUCGAUUCUUUAUCAGAGAAUGAUUGACGAAAAACUCCGAGAAAACGACGACGUCUGGUUCGAAUACUUAAUGGGACUCCUCGAAGUUCAACUCGGACUCAAAGUCGAAGCAGAGAAAUCCUUCCGAAGUGUCAUCAUCAGAGAGCCACGUCACUGGCUUGCAUGGGAAGGUCUAUCCCUCCUUAUCUGUGACAUCGAAGACGCCGACACCUUCGUGACAAGUUCUAAUAUCAAGUCGGUUUGGAUGAGUGACUGGUUCAUGGUGCUCGUUCUUCAACGAUUCCAUCAACACUCGAUGGCAAUUCAGAAGGCUGAACAGCUUGUGACACGUGGAAUGACAGGGAUUCCAAUGAUUAUUACGAAGAUCGCUGCUUGCUCGAAUGCUCGACACGAUCACGAUCAGGCGAUUGCAAAUUUCGAAGACGUCCGAAAGAUCGAUCCAUAUCGAUUGACAGAUCUUCAUUUGCUAUCCGAUUCACUCUACAUCCGAAAUGAUCAGAGACAGUUGUCUGCGUUGGCGAUGGAAGUCUACAAAGUGCACAAAUUCAGAUGGGAAACCUGCUGUAUCGUGGCGAAUUACCAUGCAAUGCGUCGUGACAGCGAACAUGCCAUCAAGUUCUUCCAGCGAGCUCUUCGUCUGAAUCCUGGAUUUGCUGCUCUUUGGGUUCUAAUUGGUCACGAGUUUAUGGAGAUGAAGAAUAAUGCGGCGGCUUGUGUCUCUUAUCGAAGAGCCAUCGAAAUCGAUCCAGCAGAUCAUCGUGGUUGGUAUGGACUCGGUCAGAUGUAUGAUAUCAUGAAAAUGCCCGCCUAUUCGCUGUAUUAUUAUCAAGAAGCUCAAAAAUGCAAACCACACGAUUCCCGUCUUCUGGUGGCUCUUGGAGAGGUUUAUUCGAAGCUCAACAGGGUCGACGACGCUGAGAAAUGCUUCACGGGCGCUUAUCUAUUCGGAGAUGUUGAAGGAAAUGCCCUGUGGAAUUUGGCGAAACUGCAUGAAAAGUACUGGGAUAAUCAUCGAGCUGCACAAGUUUUCGAAGUGUUCCUAGUGGUUUAUGAGCAUGUGACUUCUGUUGAGGAGAAGAUUAUCUAUGCGGUCGCAUUUUUGGCGAAUCACUUCUUUAAAAAUGAUAAUUUCGAGAAAGCCGGAGAAUUCGCGACGAAAUGUAUGGCCUAUGAAUCGAUCUGUCAGGAAGGAAAUCGUCUCUUCCGGGAGAUUUCGAAAGUCCAUCGACGUGAGGCAGAAAAAGCGGCUGAGAGAGGAAGAAGGUCUGGAGAAGGAACUAGCAGCCAAGGAGCAGCUCAAAAUGAUGAGGAGGGAGGCGGCGAAGAGGAGAUGUCCGAAGGAGAGGAUGAUCUUACGUUUUAA